AUGCCCAAAGGAGACUUUCAACACCUAGGGGAUCACCAUAAAAUCAUCGACGGUGUCCACUACCCCGCUCAAAUUCUUGAGGGAAAUGAACAACUCGUCAAUCACGCUCUUGACAGCGUCAGCCUUGAGGGCGGAGAAAAGUGGAACCAUAUCGAGCGGCCAGCAAUCAGCAAUGGUCAGACAAAUUCGACCAACGGGGCAGCUCCAUGGCAUGCUCUCGUCGCAGUCAAGAAGGAGGACGUUCCCAACGGGGACGUUUCCAGAGAUGACACUCCCAAUUAG